GCCCCGUCCCUUUCAGUUUCAGCUCCCUCCGCUCCGCUCCUUCCACCCCCCGGCCCAUCAUAAAGGUGUUUCCGAUCGCGUUCGCUCGCAACCGCCCCCCGGCGACGACGGCUUCUUUCCACGUUCCUUUGGCCGAUUGGUUGCUAGGCCACCGUAUAUCUACACGCCACGCCCGGCUCGCCCCAAGUUCAACGCGGGCUUCUCUCCGGGCUCCGGCGGGCGGCGGGUGCUCGUCCGUACAUGGCGGGGCUGCAGCGGUCGAGCGAGACGUUCCGGCGGUCGGGCUCGUCGGGGCUGGUGUGGGACGACAAGAAGGAGAUCAAGCCGCCUGCGGGCGACGGCGGGAAGCUGGACCGCAGCCGCUCGGCCGGCCACGCGCACGGGCACGCCGGGUACAGGGCGGCGGGGCUCGUGCCGCCCGCGCUCGACCCGCCGUCGCCGCGCGUCGCCGGGUGCGGCUUCUGGAGUAUCUUCGGCGGCGGCGGCGGCGGCAAGGGCAAGGGCAAGGGCGCCAGCAAGGGGAAAGCCAAGGGGAGGCGCCACUGAUCAUCAUCUUGUACUCUGUACCGGCAUCGAUCGGAACGCGCUCCGAGUUUGGUAGCUUCUGGUAGCCUUUUCUUUUCCAAUCCUCUUGCCACUUUGUGAAUUGUUUCAUCUCAUGCCCUGGGUGCAAUAUGUACACUACCAGAAAGAAGAACAAUUCGAAUGCUUGUGUGUAGAGUAAAGGUGAAUAGAAGGUGUCGGACUGUCAGGUUUCUCAUGCA